UAUUAAUAAGGUCCAUGGUAGUGUGCAGGAGUAGGCCGUCUAUCGUUGGAAGUUGCAAGCUAGGAACACAAGGUCACGAGCGGAAGCAAAAAUACACACUUACGUAUGGUGGUGUGGGCGGGGCUAGAAUUUAAUUGACAUUUGACCAACCGUGCCGCAGAGGCAUUCGAACUAUUCGCCGGUAAUAUAUCGGCCUGAUUUCCGCGUCAUAUUUCAAGUAGGCCUAGCAAGUCUAUAUCACACACGGACUACUCAUCUAGCCUACUAACUGUCAAGUCCUCAAAAGGCAAGGUCUUGAACGCAUUUGUAAGCCGAUUGUCAACACCAACGCCAAAGAAACACGACAAGUGCGGCAGCUACGAGCUGCGCCUGUCGGUUGCUGGGAUCAUCGCCAAAAACAACGGAUUCAUAUUUGUGUUUAUAUUCACUAGAAUAGAAACUGGUCGUGCAGGAAUAAUACUAUCGUCUGAAAACCAGCAACUUUACUUGUAUAUAUAUUUUAUAAUAGUUGAUAUUUUACUUACACAAUAACACCGGGACAUAUCACCACCAUGACGUCACAGGAGGGUACACAGCUACUUGUUCCCCCUCCCAAUAAGGAUGAAGAAGAUUCGUCAGAAGCGCUUAAUAAGCUCAAAUUCCACACUAAAAAAAUGAACUGGAACUUAAAAAUAUUGAAAGACCAGUUGACGGGAUUGGAAGCAUCUGGAAAUAGUCUUUCUCGACAAAUGGCAUCAAUGUACAGAACCUUUCAAGAGAUGAAGGAAGCCGGAGAAAUCAGUGACGUAGAAAUUGAGAUCGAUGAAGAUGAACUCUCUCCUAAUUCUCGGAUGAGUGAUACUACUGGCUUUGGAUCAUAUGACGGGUUGACAUCGUACUCUGCAGACGAUGCCAUGGACACAGAGGACGAAUUAGAGGAGUAUAGUGACUUAGAAACCGAUAGUACAACUAGUUCUGGGCAAAGAAAGAAGAAACUGUAUAGUCAAAUUUCAGUCGAAAGGCCAGAUAAUGUUAACGAGAAACGUAAAAGAUUAACUCAUCGUAAGCGACAAUCUUCUGAAAUCCAAUGUGAAAGUGAUACGGAUUCUGAGUGCGAAAAUGGGCAAUGUUCCUGCUGUAUGUCGCGAAGUUCUUUCGGAUCUGUAACACCGAGCAAACGAUAUUAUUUUGAGGAUCGAUCCCGUGCUGACGAUACGUCUAGUAGCUCUUGCAGUGAUUACGAGGAACCUAUUAAACGGAACGCAAUGCCCUUGCACGAGCGUCACAGCCCAUUCUAUAUUCCAGGCCAAGGCAACUCUUCGAGUGAGGAAGAAGACAUGUGCCAAGAAGAUAUGCAAUGUCUGCUGACUCCUAAUGACAUAACUAAAGACUGUCGCGAUGGAGACAGUGAGGGGUCUCUUCAAAAGCGGCUCAGUCCACUUGGGUGUGAAAGCCCGAUACAUUACGACUCACAAGGAGGUAUUAUGAACGCUCCGUCGGGAAAUGAAAGCGAGGACAAGUCAUUGGAAGACAAAGUUAAAGAGUUAACUGUAGAACUAGAGCAUUGCAAGGAGGAAAUGAAUAAAAGGACGCAAAAGAGGAAGAAAUCUAAAGGAAACGAAGACGGUUCAAUUGAGCAAAUGAACAACAACAAUUUGCCUAAAGUGACACAAAAACAAACAAGUGACAAUGAAGCAGACUUGAGUGCAAAAAGUGAGUCCACUUUGAAUUCUGGUAAAAUCUCGGACAAAAGAAGACUGUUUGAAAAAGACAUAAAGAAAGAUGAACAAAUAACCAAACCUGUCCUUAAACGAAAAGAAUCAAUAGGAAACGCAAUGAUGGACCGAUUAAAAGCUCAAUUUGAAAGUUCAGAUGCUAAGAAAUCUGGAACUCUUCGUGAAAAGCUUGGCGCGAAAGGCAGGAGAGACAGUAUACAAGACAAAAUUAAGAUGCUUGAGCAUAAAGUCCAAGAAGAGAGUGACAAAAGUGACAGUAGCACUUUAAAAUCGUCUUCAGAAUCUAGAGCUUUACAAAAGCAAAUGUCAGCCAACAGAAAAUUAUCGAAAGAUCUGAAAAAUUUGUUUGAGAAAGAUAUGAAUCAAAAUGACGUUUCAUCAAAGCAGAAGACAUCGAAACAAGCAGUGAUUGUAAAUAAUCACCGCGAGAGUCCGGCUCAACUCCUGCAAAUUCCUGCAACUGAAAAACAUUCGAAAAAGUCCAUCAAAACUGCACAGGAAUCAAAAACAAAAGGUACUUCCAAACAUGCUGUCAAAACGCCAUUGAAACGAGAAACGUCUAAGGAAAUUGCCCUUAAACAAGCUGAACAAACACCAGAUGCCGAUUACGAGCAAAGAGACAAAGUCGCAUCUAAGAAGAAGUUUCAAGAACUACAAAGCAAGUGGCAACCGAAGCUUGUGGUAAAAUCGUCGGGGAAACAACCUAAACCAGAGCUACAGAAACGGAUACAACGCCUGCAGAAGGCCGCCCUCAAUUCAGGAAAACCAGGAAGUCCUAAGAUUGGCAGACGCGCAGUCUCUAGAGCAGUUAUACAUAUGAAUAAAAAAGAAAAGAAGGAAGAGUCCAAAAUUAUGGAAUUUAAUCCUGAUUCUGGUGAGGUAAUCAUUGGACAAAUGACAGAAACCGAUAAAGAUGGCUACAAAACCGUUAAGUUGCGUGGAAAUGGGUUAGUUGUAACUUUGAAAAUUAAUCCAAAUGGAAAGAGUGGCAAAUCUGGAGAUGUUGAAAUUUGUCCAAGCUGCCACAAACAUACUGACAAGGAGUCCAAGAAGGAUGUAGCAAAUGAAAUGCGCAUUGUCGUACCACAGGCUCUUCAAAACCAACACGUAGUACCACAGACAAUUAAGCACCAUCGUAAACCAUCUGUGCCACAGACGAUUCAAAUUGAACGUAUGCAACCACAAACCUCUCAGAACCAACGUAGAGUUUCAGUUCCAUCGAACACACAGACGAUCCAAUUGCCUGUUAGAAAAAUGUCAACAAGUUCUAUAACUACGUACAUAAACGAACCAGGCCCUUCUGUUGGCCCAGGUCCAAAAUACAUAACCGUAACACCAAGUGAAAACUACACUAACCAAGCGGUACCACGUGUUUACGUUAGACCUCACCAGAUGAACGCACAGACUGGACAGCAACGGAUCACAGUCAUCCCCGUUCAAGCAGGAAUCGGUGAUUGUCCACGAUUCCAACUAAAAAGCGUCAGCAGUGGUGGGAACACUGUGCAGCUACAGAAGUCCAAGUCUACAACAAGGUACACUAUACGCAACCCCAGACAGCAGUUUACGUGAACCAUACCUCCAUGCGUGAACGAUCAUUCAACAUGAAAAAUAAAGAGACAAGCUGAAAAGUGGUUGCUAGGCAAUAUUAUUUUGGCGCAAUGUAAAGUAAAGAGAAAGCUGUACAGUACUUAAUUUUAAUUUCUGAAAGGUUUUUAUUUAAAAAAAAUUUUACUCGUCAUGUAUUUGAUUUGCGGCAAAAAAAGUACUUAUUUGGAAAAAAAAAAGAAAACUUAACAAUGCUUGAAUUUUAGGAAAUUUUUAAACUUGUAAGAAUGUAUGACGAAUUCCCUGAGAUUGGACGAUGGUAAACAUUAUCAAAUAAUAACGUGGUACGAAUAGGGGAAAAAUAGGAAAUAAUACAGUUAUAUACAAACUUGGCGAUAGCUCGUCAUUAGAGCAACUGAAUGGGUACCGUACUAGUCUUGAUGGGAAAAACACCUUUCUCAUACAGAAUUAUUAAUUUCAAUUAUGUAGUUAUUAUUUUCCCGUAUCGUAGACCUACUGUUCUUAUAAACUGAACGCAUAGACCAUAGUAGUAGGCACUAGGAAAGUUGAAUACAUUUACUUUUACAUUUAUUUGGUCAAUCUAGGCCUAUUUAUCUUUAAUAAUUGCCAAAAGCAACCUAUGUGCUCUAAUGGAAACGUUUAGUUCUACGAUCGUGUCUUCACAGACUGCAUAGUUACCAACCUGAGAGAUGCGUGACUACACCAGUUGACUGGGGGACGAGCCGCUAGGGCCUCCGCUGAGGAGUCCAGGGGCGGAACCCCGGUGGGGUAAAACCCCGCCUUUUAGUUACAUAAUCAACAGUUGUGGCAAUUAGCCCGCAAGUCCGCCCGCGCCUCAUAGAUUCUAAGUGCGUGGUUGGCUGGGUUUUGGUAGAGAAAGAGAAAUUUUGUCGGUGAAUUUAUUCUCGAAUGAGAUAACGAAAGCACUCUUGACUCAAAGACUGCAUGACCAUUUUUAUAUCCUUAAUAAAACAAAUUUCUUCUAAUUUUAAAAACAUUUUCCACCGAAUUCGUGAUAAUUCGGUAUCACGCAUAGACUUGUGCUAAAUGCGUGACAAAUUUAUGAUCACGCAUGUGUUUCUGCAAAAUGCGUGUUUCAUCCAAAAUCACUUUGAAAUGCGGGACCGUCCCGCGUGAUGCGAGACGGUUGGUAACUAUGCAGACUGUAUGAGUAGGAGUACGGCUUUGCUAGAAUUACAAUUUCUUACAGGAGUAUCGGUUAAUAGCUGAAAUAUAAUGAUUAUUGCUUUAAUCACAGAGAUGAUGCUGUCCAAAUAAUAAAUAGGUGAAUUAGAUGGUUAUGACUGUAGCGCCCUCAACGCCUCUGCUAGACCACACUCCGGUGAAUUUGAAUUCAACAUGCCAGUCUAUAAUACUUAGGAUGAUCGUUAGAAACUAUAAUAAUUUUAAUGAACAAGUUGACAAAAGCUUUCCUUUGAUUUUAUAGGCGGAAAAAAAGAAUAUUCUCAGAAAUUAAAGCAAAAUUUCUCCCAUUUUUUGUGCAAUACCAGAGAGGUCUAAUUAAAUGAAGAAACAAAUUCAAGUUUGGUUCUUCAUAACUUCUCAUUUGACUUGACAAAGUUUAUUUUAAUUUUUUUAAGUGCAAUGAAUGAUCUAACUUGUUCUAAAUAUACAUGUAAUCGAGUAUUCCUUGGCAGUGCAUUGGGCUUGAGAAUACAGAAAAGGGUAAUAUGAUUUGAGGUGUAAUGCUGGGGAAAUACCUUCAAAUGUAGCACAAACUUUGAAAGUUAAAAAAAAAUCUAUGCAUAGGGCAU